AUGGGAGACAUUGAAUUGAAUUUGAAUAAGUUAGGGGACUGUGAAAAGUUGAUGGAUGAAGCUGAAAGAGAUGCUGAAUUCUACAGAAUCAUUAAAACCCAACCAAUUUUCCAAAAAAGAAGAGACAUCUUGAAAAACAUUCCAAAAUUCUGGUAUUUGAUUAUAGCAGAGAAUGAUGAUUUUUCAGAUUAUGUUUCUGUUGAAGAUUUGAAGUACCUUGAAUCCAUAUCAGACAUUUAUGUUCAUUACAAGAUUGCUGAUGACAAUGAGUUGAGAGCAAAAGAUUUCUCCAUCACUAUUGAAUUCGAUAACGAAGAAGGUGGUAGACUAGUACCUUCUCAAACCAUUACGAAACAUUUCACCGUCACUAUAGAAGAUGGAGAAGAGAAAAUAACGUCAGAACCUGCUUCCAUAGUAUGGCCAACUGAAUUGGAUUUAAUAAAUCCUCAAUUGAUCAAAUCAGAAUCUAAAAAAACAGGUAAACCUAUAGAUAAAAAGUUGUAUAGAAUGGGGAUGAAAUCUUUUUUUGCAUGGUUUGAUUGGACUGGUGAAAAACCAGGUAAAGAAUUUAGAAAUGGUGAAGAUUUAACUAGAUUAAUCAUCGAUGAUUUGUUUCCUUAUGCUGUAAAAUAUUAUACUGAAGCAUUACCUGGAGGUGAUGAAGGUGAUGAUACUUCUGAUCCUGAAGAACUUGAUUUAAGUGAAGAUGAACAUGAUUCUCAACAAGAUUCUGAAGAUGACCAUGACAAAAAGAAAAGAAAAUUAAACUAA